AUGGACUCGUUGUACGUAUCAGCUCGACGAUCUUCGACAAAUCCGCUGGUGAAACCUGUGGGUACUCCUCCACGACUCAACGUAAGUGGCGGCAAAGCGUUGCGUCGUGCUCGGUCAAUUCGAGUUGUCUACUUCAAAGAGAGUUUCUACGAGGUGUAUGGCUAUUUGGGGCUCGUGAUGUUACUGGCGUUCACACUAUCACUGCUUGCAAUGCUGUACAUGACGGUGGUGCAAGUCAUUCCCAAUUGGACAGCGAAUUUUCUCAUGGGGACGGAUACACUGGAUAACGGCGAAUUCCUGCUCAUGUCCAAGCCUUCCCUCACUAUCGUCGUGACGUCCACGUUGAUGCUGUCGGUGUUUGCGUGUUUGUAUCUGUGGUUGAUAGUCUUCAUGCUCUCUUACAAUAGCGAGACAACCGUCAAAAAUCUGUCCCGAGCUCCAGACCCAAAGUCGCUGAGCUAUCGUCUGUCACAAAAGUUCCUACCACUUUUGAGACGCUUGCAAGCUCAAACGGGAGGUGCACCGAGAGAGAGGACAGCCUCAGUUCGACACGCUUCGUCCAGAGUAAGGUCGUUCGAGAACCUCAAAAAUCUGAGUACAAAGUUCGGACACCCGACGCUGCUUGUUGCUCGAGUUUUCUACCUAUUCGAUCUCUUCUUCGCGGUCUUCGCCCCAAUUGUCAUGUUAAUGUACUCGUACUACAAUUUCCACGUAGAUCGCGACAACUUUAUCAUACGCGAGGAAACACUCACUCCAGGCAGCUUUGAUCGAAUCGCACGGCUGUUUGCCGAUCCGAUCCAGGUUCAACUUGUUAAAACGAGUUUCACCAAUCUUCAGAUUACGGAAGGGGAGUAUAUCCUAGUCAAGUGUUUCUUGAACCUUCUGGGGAUCUACAAGUGGAAGAAAGUUAUCGCACACCUCAUUCUGGCUAAUCGCAGUCGCCGGCAAGCCAAAAACGCAAGCGCCAAAGCUCGUGCGCAUCCUCACUCAAGGAAGCACACGGUCAUUGGAGGGUUUAUCUUUAUCUGCUGCAGCGUGGGUAUCGCAAUCUACACGGCUCUCUCUAUCUCGACAGGCAUCGAAAACUGUGCCCCUUAUCGGCAUUGCCCGGUUUACUCUUAUCACUGGGACUGGGGACAGAAAUCCACGUGUCGCUGCAUUGUUUUCAUGGAUCUGGACUUGGCACCGAGAACGUACAACGACUGGAUCAAUGCACCUGACGUGACGGAAGAUUUGCGUGCACUGGCGUCGAACGGAUAUUUACAAAUAGUGCAAAUUAUCAAUCGAGCGUUGCCCGAACUUCCUGAAGAGCUUCGAUUGUGCAAGAACUUGAAAGAGCUACAUAUUGAGAAUGAUCUCAUCCACUCAAGUCUGGAGCACCUACCACUCGACAUGUUCUCAAAUAUGCGCAAUCUCCGUUUCCUUCGAACGGGAGAGCUGCCCAAUCUCGACGAUCUCUCCGGAUUAACCGCCCUUUACAUCGCCGAUGCUAUCCACAUCCACAGUCUUCCCUCUCUAAAGGGUCUCAAGAGUCUCAAGAACUUUGCUGUGUUCCGACGUAACGAAAUCUGCUGCAACGGUUGGGCUACCGGGUAUUGUGACCUGGCCAACUUCCAAUGUCUACCUCGAGCGAACGAACAUUUAGUGCAAUGUAUGAGCGAUCGGAUUCCAGUCGAAGACCAGGAUAUUAUUGAUCGCGCUAAUGGCUUUUUGUGUGGGAAGAAUAUUACGCAAGACGUGCAGGCAUCCGAGCCAACACUGGAAUCCACGGAUGCAAUGUGUCAAGGAGUGCUGUAUCGAGAGUGCAACAUGAACGGGAUUCGCGGUAUCUGCUACAAUGGCCGCAUGCAAGUUGUGCACUGCGACGUGUUCGGAGAGUACGAGAAGAUGCGUCGUCUGCAGAUUGCUAGAGGUGUGGGCGAUCCUUGCGAUCCGGAAGAGGAGAAAUGGCUAGGCUGUAGCUGA